AUGGUGCCUCUCGUCAUUCUGCGGAUAGAUGUGCUGGUGUAUGUUCGGCCAUGGGCAGAGAAGCUUGAAUGUCCGAUCAUCUCAUUGAACUAUUCACUGGCACCGGAGUCGCCAUACCCGCGGGCCCUGGAUGAGUGUUUCCACGCCGUGUGUUGGGUGAUGGCCAACAGGGAGCGGUUGGGAGCGAGACCGGACGCGCGGGUAGUGGUUUGCGGCGAUUCUGCUGGUGGCAAUCUAAGCCUCGGUGUGUGUCUUCGUGCAGCCGCCCUCGGUCUGCGCUCCGACGUUGCACGCCCUGCAGGGGCUCUUAUUGCUUACGCACCUGCCAUCCUCGCUUACGUGCCAUCGCCCUCGCGCAUGCUCUCCAUUUGCGAUCCUCUUCUCCCAAUCGGUGUUAUUUCGCGCUGCAUCAUGGGUAUGGCUUCCCUUUGA